GACCUACCGGUCAACAAACCCGCUGAGCAAUGGUGGGAGAUGGCAGUUGAUGGGGCAUCCGGUCCUAGAGGAUACGGGGGUGGUAUUGUGUUCACCACCCCAGAAGGGUUCAAGAUCUACCAUGCAAUCGUCUUCAACUUCAAGCUGACGAACAAUAAGGCAGAAUAUGAAGCUCUGGCUGGAGGGCUCAGACUUGCCCAAGCCCUGAAAAUCAGCCGGGUCAGUAUCAAAUCUGACUCUAGCCUGAUUGUUGGGCAAGUGAACGGUAACAUGGAAGCGAGAGAAGGACGCAUGGCACAAUACAAGGACCUCGUACUUGCCCUGUUGAAAGGCUUUGAGGAAUUCAAGAUCGCCCAAAUUCCCCGGGCGGAGAACGCGGAUGCAGACCUUCUCUCUAAGUUGACGCAGUAUGCUCCCGAGCAUGUUUCAAAACUUUCCCGGGUGGAAAUCUUGGAUCGAGCCAGCAUCGAGAGAUUGGAAGUCGCCGCUAUAACAGCCCGAAGCCAAUCUGAUCGGUCAAACCUGGUCGGGGCGGACGACCAUUGGAUGUAUGAUCUUAUGGAAUAUUUGAUUGAUGGGAGCUUGCUAGAACAAGAUGACCGGGGUAUUACUGGCGUAUGCGCGGCGCAUCAAAUGUCCCAUGGUUUGAAGAAGCGGCUGGGAGAAGCAGGAAACAAGUGGCUGGAAGAGCUCCCGCACAUCAUUUGGGCGUUUCGAGUAACACCAAGGAGGGCUCAUGGGGAAGCUCCAUUCUCCCUAACGUAUGGGUGUGAGGCAAGGCUGCCCAUCGAGGCCGAAUUCCCUACAUUUCGGGAAUCGAAUUAUCAACCCCAGCAAAAUGAAAAAGACCAUCUAGCCGAGCUCAACUUGGUCGAGGAGCGGAGAAUGGCCGCGGAAGUUAAAAUGAGCACAUAUCAACAAGUCGUGAAGAAGUACCAUGACAACAAGGUUGGACCGCGAUACUUCCUAGUUGGAGAUGAAGUCCUACGAAGAAGAGAGGCUAGUAGACCGGGUGAUGGAGGAAAGUUGGCCAAAAACUGGGAAGGACCUUACCGGGUAAAAGCUAUCAUUCGCCCAGGGACCUACCGAUUAGAAACUUUAGAUGGUGUACCGGUAGAAAGAACUUAGAAUUCCCAUCAUCUUCGCAAGUUCUACAAAUGAUUGUAAUACUAGGCGAGGCCUAACUACAUUAUCAAUCAAAAUGUUCAAUACUC